AUGGCGAUCCAAGCACCGUCCAUCCUACUGGUGCCCCCAUACCCCAGCAGCCAAGAGGCCCCCGUCUACAUUGAAUGCAAGGCCCCCAGGGGCUUCCUAGGGGCCAAUUUCACAUUGUACCAAGGGGAGCAUGUGGUCCAGCUCAUGCAGGCCCCUCCAGACCAGCACAGGGUCACCUUCGAAUUGAGUGGCAGCAGCUGGAAGGCGGCGGGGAGGACAUUCCACUGCCAGUACAGCGUGCUGGGCGAGCACAGACAACCUCAGUUGUCGGACCUCAGUGAGCCCGUGUACAUCUCCUUCCCAGUGCCCACUUGGAUCCUGGCAUUAUCAUUGAGCCUGUCUGGAGUCUUCCUCAUUGCUGGGAUGAUAGCCAUUGCCAUGUUGAUCAGGAAAGUUAAAGUAAAACAAUUGCAGAAGAAAAGAGAGCGAGCAUCGUGCUGGGCCCAAAUUGACUUCACCACCACAGAUAUGUCAUUCGAUAACUCACUGUUUACCGUCUCUACCAAAAUGACCUCAGAAGGAGAUGUAGCCACCCUGGAUGCUCGUUCAGGCUCUACUGCAACCUCUGACAACUCCCAGCCCCGGAAGAGGCCUACCUCCACAUCAUCCUUGCCUGAGCCCCCUGAAUUCAGCACCUUCCGGGCCUGCCAGUGAGGCUGAGGAUUCGCCCCCACACCCGUCUGAAUGCUCUGCCCUCCAUUCAGCCUUCUCACGUGAACUGGUCAGGCUGUGGGAUCCCAAGGUCUUUUCAGCUACUCUGGGAGUUUCCAGCUGCUGCUUUCUCAGGGAACUGAACAGAGACAAAGGGACACCUGGGCUUGGGACCUUCCUCACAGAGGAGCAGGUGUGGGAGAGGGGCUGCGGGCAUUGGUUCGGAGGCUGGACAGAAAGCUGGAAGGCUCUCUUUGGAUUCUCAACUUCUCAGAUCAUCAGGGAAGGAGAUGUUAGCGUCCCUUCUGGACCCCAGCUGGGCCACAAGAUGUCUGAGCUCUCUGCACACCCUGUUUCCUCCUCCCUUGCCACACCUGACUUGGCCGACCCAACUGGGUUUUUGGAGCACAGGGUACCUGGGGGUAUGUUCUGUGUGUCUGCCUUGCUAUCAUGCCCAAGUUAUUAAUUAUAGCACAUGUUGAGCUGUUCCCAAGGCCUCUGUGAAAUGUAAUCCUUCA